AUGACAUUCGGUGAUUCCACACCAUCAACACCGCAUAGGGCACUGAUAAUGUCAUUUGACAACAACAACACAUCUAGCACCACAACUACUACACCCUUAGCAAAAGCCUGCACGAGCACCACGCCGCCACAAUCGCCUGACAUUACAACAAUGCUGCCAUCAUUGACGAUGGCGAUGGCGAUGAGGAAAUCAUCAGUAACAUCCACAUCAACACCUGCAACUACACCCUCAUUGACAUCAGUAACACCAUCGCCAUCAGCACUAUCGUCAUCUUCCCUAUCGUCACUAUCACAAAUCACAACAACAAUGCACUCAGAUACAUUAUCACAGACGAUGGUACUUUUGGGUACGCAGCAACAACAACAAUCUCACACCACCAACGCGGCAAGUCGCACACAAAAGACACCAAACCAAAAAACCAAGAACAAAAGCCUAACAAAAUCGCUUACACCAGAUACAAUUGGCAAAACAUGCUCCAAAAAGCACUGUAUGUCAUGUUGCGCUUGCCAUAGCCAGGAGUUCCAGUCAGCAGAGCAUCCGAAAGGCAGCGCAAAAUCAAAAUUGAAAUCCAACUUGAAAUCGCAAUCGAAAAAAAUGCUUAAGCAAACAUGCGAAAAUUGUACAAAAAAAUGCACUAAUAAAAAUCACACCAAAAACGUACGCAUCAACAACAGCACCACCACAGUAACCGCCACCAAUACCGAUAAUGUAUUUAAUUUCUAUGACACCGGCUGGAGUUCGUCUCACCAAAAAGUGCACGCUCUCGAACCGGUGGACUUUUCGGCGAAUCCCGAAUUCGAACCCGACUUCCGCUGGUACGACAAGACCCUGCUGGAUGCAGUGCGCUCUGACGAAGAGCACACCCAAAAUUUCUUUCGCCUACUUGCGCUGUGUCACACCGUAAUGCCGGAGUAUGUGGAGGGACGACUCGAGUAUCAGGCGCAAAGUCCAGACGAGGCUGCGCUGGUGUCAGCAGCACGAAACUUCGGCUUCGUUUUCCGCUCACGAACGCCAAAUAGUAUAACGAUAGAAGUGAUGGGUAAUCGAGAGGAGUAUGAACUUCUCAACAUUCUAGACUUUAAUAAUGUACGCAAACGUAUGUCGGUGAUAUUGAGGCGGGGCGAUGAUAUUAUACUGUACUGCAAAGGUGCUGAUAAUGUGAUUUACGAUAGGUUAAGCACUAGUCAAAGUGAUAUUAAGGCGCGUACUCAGGAUCAUUUGAAUAAAUUCGCUGGCGAAGGUUUAAGGACACUGGUACUUGCCGAACGACGACUUGACGCAGAUUAUUAUAUGGAUUGGUUACAACGCCAACAAAUAGCAGCUGUUUCAUUAGACGCUCGCGAAGAGAAACUGAACGCCAUGUAUGAGGAGAUCGAAAGUGAAUUGAUUCUGGUGGGUGUGACGGCGAUCGAAGACAAGCUACAGGAUGGUGUACCACAAACGAUAGCCAAUCUACAAAUGGCUGGCUUGAAAAUUUGGGUACUAACAGGCGAUAAACAAGAAACUGCUAUAAAUAUUGGAUAUUCGUGUCAAUUAUUAACCGAUGAAUUGGCUGAUGUGUUCAUUGUGGAUGGCAGUUCACUAGAGGAGGUCGACAAGCAGUUGCGCCAAUUCCGUGAAUCGGUGCGAAUUGUCAAUCGUUUUAGACCCACACCGCUCGAGCCGAAUGUUAAUCUGAAUCUCAAUUUAAAUGGUUCGAAUAAUGCCGAUCGUAAUAGCACAUCUGUGACGUAUGGAACUGGCUUUCGUACGCAGGCCACACCACCGCCGGCGCCAGCGAUAUCUGUUGUUACCUUUAGGUGGGAUGAUGACAAAAUUAAGCAUAAUAAGGGCGAACCGGACAGCGCCGAAUGUAAUGAACUCUAUGACAAUAUCGAGAAGGGUGCUGAUGGCGCGACCACAUUACACCCGGAUGAAGUAAUCGAAGAGAACACCGGCUUCGCGAUUGUUGUUAACGGACACUCGCUAGUUUACUGCCUCUCGCCGGAGUUAGAAUCAAAAUUCUUGGACAUCGCUUCACAGUGCAAAGCAGUUAUUUGUUGUCGAGUAACGCCGCUACAAAAAGCACUAGUUGUGGAACUAAUUAAGCGUGCCAAGAGUGCGGUAACUCUGGCAAUCGGCGAUGGUGCCAAUGAUGUGUCCAUGAUCAAAGCUGCCCACAUAGGCGUUGGUAUCUCUGGCCAGGAGGGUUUGCAAGCGGUGCUGGCAAGCGAUUAUUCGAUCGCCCAAUUUCGCUACUUGGAGCGCCUUCUACUCGUACAUGGACGCUGGUCGUAUUAUCGCAUGUGUAAAUUCUUGCGCUACUUUUUCUAUAAGAAUUUUGCAUUUACACUAUGCCACUGCUGGUAUUCGUUUUUCUGUGGCUUCAGCGCGCAGACGGUGUUCGAUCCAAUGUUUAUAUCAGUCUACAAUCUAUUCUAUACCUCACUGCCGGUGCUAGCGUUGGGCGUAUUCGAACAAGAUGUCUCUGACAAGCACAGCGUGGAGUACCCAAAAUUAUAUACGCCCGGACUGAAGAGUCAAUUGUUCAAUACACGUGAAUUUGUUUACAGUGUACUACAUGGUGCCUUCAGUUCGCUCAUACUCUUCUUAAUACCAUAUGGCACAUACAAGGAUGGCGUUUCGCCAGAUGGACUCAUUCUCAGCGAUCACAUGACGUUAGGUGCGGUUGUUGCCACUAUUCUUAUAAUCGACAAUACAGCACAGAUAGCGCUAUAUACAUCAUAUUGGACGAUAUUCAAUCACAUUACCAUCUGGGGUAGUUUGAUAUGCUUCUUUGUGUUGGAUUAUUUUUAUAAUUAUGUCUUCGGCGGUCCCUAUGUCGGUUCACUUGCGAUGGCUAUGAAAGAUCUGACAUUCUGGACGACAAUGAUAAUAACGGUAAUUAUGAUAAUGGCACCGGUAUUAGCCUACAAAUUCUAUCUAAUCGAUGUGCAUCCUAGUUUAGCUGAUAAGAUACGUCUUAAAUGUCGCGUGAAAACACGCGCACGUCAGAGCAAUAUGGUUAUGCGGACCCCUUCGGCAAGGAAGGCGCGACGAUCUUUACGUUCGGGUUAUGCAUUUGCCCAUCAGGAGGGCUUUGGUCGCCUUAUCACCUCCGGUAAAAUUAUGCGUAAAUUACCACAAGAAUUUGCGUUCCCUUUGGGAUUGGGCAGCAAAAAGCUGCAGCCACAAACCACAGAUGGCAAUGAAGGCAAGAAUGGCCAAAACAAUAAUAAUAGUACGCGAAGCAACAAAAACUCAUCGACGGGUUAUCUUAACGAUGCCGACUUGGACAGCGCGACUGGAGGUGGCGGCGGCAGCAACAGUACCCGUAGCGAAGAUAACCUAAGCCCACGUGCACCUUGCCAAGACUUAGAUACAAUUAAUCUUUAAGUUUAUAUGUAUGUUUGUACUUGUGUAUAGCGUAUACGUAUGUAUGUAGAAUGUGAGAAGCCGACAGAAAUUGUGUGUUUGGCAAAUUGCAUACAACUUUUUCUGUUAGAUAAAGGCCACCAAAAACAAAUAAACCAAAAAAAACCCAAGCAAAAACGAAAACUUAGUAUGUAUGUAUAAUUUACUUGAAAAUAUGUGAAAUCCUAAAUGAUGCCUGUUUGGAAUUAUUGCAAUCAAACAAAAAAGGAGUUUUUUUUUUAAACGUUAGAAAUUAAUUAUGUAUGUAUUUCU